CUGGCGGAUAGGAUGUUCGGUCGAGUUCACGAGGGCAGCGAGAUUAUUCCUGCUCCCAAAUGGCUGAAAUACGUGUGUUUGUUGUUCCCACACAGAGAUGAGUAAUGUCGAGCCUCCAGCAGGAGAGAGAAGCUCUCGUUAAGGAGCAAAAGGUGAACAGAGAGCGAGUUCGCAAAUGUGUGCAGGAGACCAAUCGCAGACGCAGGGAUCUGAGAGAGAAACAGAGACUCUGGGUUAUUCAGGAGCAACGCCGGCGCGAAGAAGUGCUCCAACAGCGCCACAAGAAGAUCCAAGAUGUCACUGAACACUUCCAGAGGGCUUACGUUCACCCUUCUCAGAGGCCUGCCCUCCCCGAGCGGCUAACCUUAGUAAGAGACAAUCCAAAUUUGGAAGAUGCUCUCAGUCAAAUCCGAGGCCCAAAGAUAGCAUCUACCAUUAACAGUACAACGAGCGGCAAUCUGCCUUCCAAACUCCCUGUUACAUUGUCAGAAUCACCUGCUCGCCACACACCGGUUGGGUUGCAAUCAUUUAUGGGACGACGAGAGAACAGCCCUGUUGUCAAGAGGUGGCAAGAGCUUACGAAAAGUCAAGAGAAGCCACCGGAUCACAGUGGGCAGGACGAUAAUGUGUCCGACAGCCUGUCCAGUCAGGACAGUCUGGAGAACGAGGAACCCACUAAAACCGCUGUCUUGCACUACUCGGAAAAGCCCCUCCAAGACUUAAAAUGCCCCAACGACGUUGGUCCUCUGCCGUCGGCGCCUAUGCCGACCUUUGUCGCAGUGAAGCCGCACCUCCACAGAUUACCCGCGGACCUCAACUACAACCUGCCCACCCAGAAGGAAACCUGCGCCACCAUGAACAACCUCAACAAGUUGUCAGCGGACAUCAGCACGUGUAAGCACGUCAACACGGAGAGUCCAAAGAUCCCCCACCAUCUAGAAUCCGGCGAGUCAAAGUCCUCAUCGCCAGCACCCUGCAAGGUCCAAUUCAUGAAAGGCAUCCUUAAAACUCUGCCUGGUGAAACGCCGUUGGAAUCCCCACAAUUUCUUAACAAUGCCGUCAAACCUGUUCAGUUUCUUGUGUGCGACAGCAUUGAAUUAGCCAAAGCCAGAACCAAAUCUGCCGACUUCAAGAACGCUUCUAAGAAGCUACGCUGGUUCGAUGAGGAGGCGGGGGAAGGCAGGGACAUACGUUCACAGUCCUUGGCGGAUAUUAGUGCUCCGGUAUCCCAAGAUCUACGAGGGGAUUACUUGGCCAGAGUCGGGGCAGGUCUGGUUUCCAUGGGUGUUGUUUCCCAAUCGCCGAUCCCGGUGGCCAGAGUCCGGGGGGAGGUGCAGAAACAGGGGAGCCACGUGAGAAGCUCUUAUGUCGGGGACCAGGCUCGUGUAGGCCAUCAGCUUGCCCCUCCACUUACCGACGACGCUCCACACAAGGACACUUCACGGCUUAUAACGGGCGACAGUGGCGUCACACACGCACGCUCUAUUCCGUCAUUAGGGCGACCCACACCUGAGAGCAGCUGGAAAGGCUCGCCCGCUUUCAGCAAUCCGCCAACACCGGGGGACGGUGGCAGAGCAAGAGGGUGUUCGCAAUUGGAAAAGGUUUUAAACCGCACCCCCACAGACGACGAGAUAUAUCAGCUGUGCCGGGACGUCAGCAACGCCUUCAUCGGGAUUGGUGGACAACGUGUUGAUGCUUCAAUAGUCAAAGCCGGCACUCCCCGCUCUCAGUCUUUGGUAAGCGGGCGCUCUGGGAACAAAACUGGUGCAGAUCAGAACCGACGACCUUCUUGUCCUAUCAAUAAAAAAAAACCUGAAGUAUUGAAGAUUGCAAGUGUCAAGCCAGGUAAUCCAGUAGGCACAUCCCCCAAAGGGUUUUGCACCAAUAACCCAAACAAAGCUGUCAAAUCUGCCGGCCAACGCCGCCUGCCCGACACGUACGCUCACAGUCCACUGGACGACCGGCUUGUCAAACCGCACAGGUCGUCGUCUCAGCCGCACCAGUACCAGCGCCGCCCCCCGGCGCCCACAUCCAUCUCCAUUGAGGAGCAGAAAAUCUUUCAGUCUUUGGACCGACUUAACUGCCAGCUGCACCGCAAAGGUGGUUUGCAUUGACAAGUGCCUGGACUGAAGGCAUUGAUCGUCCGAGCAAGAUGGACUGCUAUACAUAGCACUUUGCUUCCAGGUGAAACUGCUUCCGCUACCAUGAAACCAAGAGUGCCUUAUGGAAGAAAAUGAAGAGCCAGGAGCGCAAUCAUAAGAAGAAUUAGACAUCUGAAUUUAUCACUAGUUGUAGACACUUGAGCUAUCACUCAGUGGAAGUUUUUUUUGCAUGGAUUUACACUGCAAGUGGUCCUAGAUGGGCACUUUUUACUGUCCUUUAACCCAUUAGCUGUCAUUGAUGUUGCUAGACAUUCAAUUUUGGAUGUCUAGCGCAUUCAAUGGCAGCCAAUUUGUCAA